AUGCUGAGUCUACUACUGCUAGCCUUAUUACCACCGAUUCCAUCGGCGGGGCACUUCAUAACCCACGUCGAGUCUCCAGAAUUCCCGCUGCGGGACGCAGCAAUCGCCGUCAUCACCGAGUUCUACGCAACCAAAUGCAACCACAUUUACAUUCGACGUCGCGCCACCAAUCCGAGUAGUGUCUUCAUUCAGCGUGAUCUGAUCGAUCAGCUGCUGAUCGGGAUUGGGUCUCGGAUUACCGUGCAGCUGGAAACCUACCGGGCACAGGUCUUGAAUCAAUCGCGAGCGCAUAACGUGUUUCUGGUGGAUGACUACGAAGCCUUCCGGCGGAUUAGCUCCGGGAUGAAGAUUCGAACGUACGACUACACGGGCAAUUUCCUAGUCCUGGUGAGCGAUUCAUCCAACAGUAGCUACCGGACGGUGCAAGCGAUCAUGGAUGAUUUGUGGUCGCACUACAUUGUCAAUGUUGGUGUUCUGAUGGCGUUUGAUGAAUACCCGGGGAAUGCCUUUUACUAUACGUACUUUCCGUUUGGAAGUGGAUACUGCGAGGAAGUUCGACCGUGGCUUUGGAAAGUUUUCAGUGGUGGACGGUUCGUGAGUGCGACGAAAGAGUACUAUCCGGCAAAGUUGGAGAACUUUUUCGGAUGUCCGUUGAAGAUGGCGACCUUCGACAUUCCUCCGUUUAUGAUGCUGCAGUAUGGACCUGGAGGGCAAUUGGUUAACACGGAUGGUUUGGAUGGGAUUGUGGUUCGGGUACUGAGUCAACGGUUAAAUUUCACCGUAGAGGUGCUGGUGGUGGAUCCUCCCGACUGGGGAGUAACGGCAGAGCUGGGACAAUGCACCGGGGCGGCUCAAUUUGUACGGGAUCGUUUGGUGAACUUCACCAUAGGAUAUUGGGCGGUGACUUACAGUAGGAACCGGUUCAUGGGAAGCACCUUCCCCUACUACACAUCCCUUGUGGCUAUUGCCGUUCCUCCCGGAGAGCCGUACAACUCCCUGCAGCAGCUCUAUCUCCCCUUCAAGUACAUCAUUUGGUCAUGCGUUUGUACCAUUCUGACACUAGCUGUAGUGAUGAUCAUGGUUAUUAAUCUCCAACCUUCCACCGUACAAAAUUUUGUCUUUGGGAGGCUGGUAACCACUCCAACAUUAAACACUUUCAACGUAUUUUUGGGUGGAGCUCUUACUCGCCUACCUGGUCGGAACUUCUCGCGAACCUUAUUGGCCUUCUGGUUGUUCUACGGUAUUAUCAUUCGCACCUCGUACAUGGGUUCGUUAUUCAAGUUCCUGCAUUUACAACCUAAUCGAACUGUUCUUCAGCUUAUCCCUGAGUACAUUACCGCUGGCUACCAAAUCCGGAUGGCACGAAACUACAGCUAUCUGUUCGAUGCCUUUCCAACUAUGAACGCCCAUCUACAGCAGACGACACUUAGGCAGUUCUACGAAAAAGAGAUCCUUGAAAUGCAACUUCCGACUACUCGCUAUAUUCUGCUAGCACCGAUCGAGAUGAUCUCCCACGUUAACCGAGCCCUUACCAAGCACCAGCAGAUGCUUCGCAUCACCAGAGAUCGGGUGUACCUUUCGAAGUUGGCAAUCUAUUCGCAACGUUCGGCACCGGUUCUACAACCGUUUAGUGCUCUGCUGGGGCGGUUUACUGCCGCCGGGUUGAUCGAUCAGUGGGCUUCUCUGUACCAUCAGCCGGUGUUUUUGAAAAGUAGUACCACUUCAGAAGGACCUCGACGGUUACGUUUCCUUCAGGUUCAGGGUAGCUUCGAACUGUGGACCGGCGGGUUGCUGAUCAGUGUAGUGGUUUUUGCGGUGGAAAGCGUUACCGGUUGGUGGAAGCGACGGUUGCUGCGAAAGAGGAGACGAGUCGCGCCGAGGCGUAUUACUUUUCAGUUGUAG